ACCAACAGCUGAGCUGAGACAGCAGUAGAUUACACCGAGUCUUGGUAGUAAUAGCAAAGAUCUAACACUCUGGUAUGUAUCGAAUUCGCUGUAGUAAGGUGGCUGAAACUAUAGAACUUUUGAAUUAAAAAAAGUUAAAUUGUCUAAUCUGUGUAGGUUAACUGGAUCCGCUGAGUAUUCCCUGUGGACAGAGUUACUGUAAAGUCUGUAUUGGUAACUGGGUUCAGGAUCACCAAAAUGAUCCCUACUACAUCUGCCUUAAGUGCAGACAGACAUACACCCCAAGACCUGCGCUAUAUACAAACACCAAUCUUGAUGAAGUGGUGGAAAAAGUAGAAAAGACUGGACUGCUGAUGAGACUGGAUCUGGAAACAGUCAUAUACUCCAAGUCAUAUACUGAGGAAAUACUGAGGAAACAUACUGAGGAGAUGCUGAGAAAUCAGCACCUGGUCAGCAUGAACAAGAAAAAGAUGAGUGGGCGCAAGACACGCAAACAAGAAGCCCAAUCACCAGCUCCCUCUUCCAGCGGACAGGACUUGAACGAAAUACCCCAGCUUGCUGAAAAGAUGGAGAAGAUCAGAUUGCAAGCUGACGAUGAUGCUGACGAUCACACUGGACCUGCACAUACGGAACCUGUUUUGCGGCCUCAUUAUAAGUCAUCACCCAUGAAGCAACAGGAGCUGAAAAAGGUUAGUGUGCCCUUUAAAACAUGCCAGCAGAUAAUCCAGGAGAGAGAGGAGGAGCUACAGAAACUGAGACAGGAAGUGGAGUCUCUAAAGUGCUUAUCUCAGGCUACACUGGAGGAUGGUGAGAGGUUCUUCAUCAAAUUGGAUCCAAGCCAAAGAGAAGGAGAUGGUGAGUGAGGCUGAGGGACUCAUACAGACACUCGAGAAGGAGCUUGAUGAGCUGAAGAUGACUGAAACAGAGGCUAGGCAGCUUCCACACAUAGAGGACGUCCCCCAUUUCUUCCAGAAAUUGCCCAGCAUCACUGAGGCUUUUGGAAAAGUGAAGAGGAUAUAUGCCACUAAAAUCCAAAAGCUAUUUGAAAAUACCUCCAAGAGACAAUUUAAGAUGUUUUAUGAAUUGAAGAAAUGCUGGAACCAUACAGUUAAGCAUUACCAUUACAGCACAAUUGGCCCAAAGACCUCUAGCUUAUCGGGGGCAACAACUGGUCAACCAGCCACCUUUUGGGAUAAACAGCUGAGGGAUGGAGCUGGAGAAAUUUAACUUCUCUCAACCUCUUAGCCAGUGCUAUAGAGGACAAGGACUGACCAUCCAUGAGAUAAAAAUGAUUGUGUUUUGUUUUCUGAAGCUAUGUGUUGAUUUACAAACAAGUUUUUAUAUAAGCUCAUAUUUUGGUUUGUGUUAGAAUAAGAAAGUUGAAGCUCACAUGGCAUUUCUAUCUCAUGCUCCUGAAGAAUCAAUGGCUAUAUUUAUAAUUUAAUUAAAAUUGAUGUACCUAUCCCAGAUUGUCUCUCUCUCUCUCUCUCUCUCUCUCUCUCUCUCUCUCUCUCUCUCUCUCUCUCUCUCUCUCUCUCUCUCUCUCUCUCCUCUCGCCCUCUCUCACAGCCAUCACUUCUAUUGACAGACAGGAGGUGGAAGAAAAGGACCUGGUAAGAUCUGUCCAGAACAGGAGGACUUUGUGGACCUAGAUACAGUGAAGACAGAGGAAAUAUAUGCACAAAUGGAUGACAUCCUGGACAGGCUGACUCCUAAGAACUUCCAUCAGUCGAUGAAGGUAGUGAGUGCAUUUACCAUUGACACAGAGGACAAACUCAAGGGCAUUAUUGACCGCAUAUAUAAGAAUGCCAUUGAAUACCCUACCUACGCUGAUGUCUACGCCAAGGUGUACCACCAUCACCAACUCAUGGGGCUGAAAGUACCCGGAGUGACAUUACCUUUCCGCAAGCUGCUGCUGAACCGAUGCCAGAAGGGCUUUGAGAAAGACAAUAGUAAGAUCUUAAAGGAAAUGCAGAGAGAACUGGAUGCGAUCACUGAGAAGGAGGACCGACAGCGACUGAGGGAGGGGCUGGAGGAGACUAAGACAGAGGGGCAGCGGGAUUUGCUUUGCAACAUCAAGUUCAUGUGCGAGUUGUUCAAGCUAAAGAUGAUUAUGGAGACCGUCAUGCACAACUGCAUUGUAAAGCUACUAAAGAAUGGUGAUGAUGGUUCACUGGAGGUCCUGUGCACAUUACUCUUCACCAUCGGCAAGGACUUAGAGGAGGAUUCUCAGGAGGCUGAGCCCAGAAUGGAUCAGCACUACAAGCAGAUUGUGGUGAUCAUUAAGAAAAAGAGGACGUCCCCCAGAAUCCGCUACAUGCUGUGUGAUGCGAUGGACCUCAGAGAGCUCAAUUUGGAGAAAAAUAAAGACAAUUGAAGCCAAGAACCAGAUGUUUUCUAUGAGGUCUAAUGAUGUCCCGUGUAGGUUAGUUGGUAGAGCAUGGCGCUUGCAACGCCAAGGUUGUGGGUUCAAUUCCCAAGGGGGACCAGUAUGAAAAUGUAUGGAAUCAAGACUGUACGAUGUCCUGGAUAGGAGCAUCUGCUUGAUGACUUAAAUGUAAAUGUUAAAACACACACCGAUCACAUUGGAAAAUUAAAUUGAAAUAUUGAUGAUUCAUAAUAAUUGAAUCAUAAGAUGUACAGUAUGUCCUACAAUAAAUCUAUUUUUCCCCUGCAAA